AUGGUGGAAGCCGGUGUUCAGUCACUUAAUAUACUUCAUUUUAAUGAUGUUUAUAAUGUGGAAGGACAAAAUGUCGAACCAGUUGCAGGUGCGGCGCGGUUCCGUACUGCAUUGAUGGCGCAUGGAGCCGGUGAAGAUAGCUGCAUUGUGCUAUUCUCCGGCGAUGCUCUCAGUCCCUCCAUUAUCAGUAACAUUACGCAAGGGAAGCACAUGCCAACUAUCUUGAAUGAUUUGUUCAUCGACUGUGCUGUUGUGGGGAACCAUGAUUUGGACUUCGGCCUGGACAUACUGUGUGAAUGUAUAGAAUCGUCACAGUUUCCUUGGUUGGAUACAAAUGUGAUGGACCGCGACACAAAUCAACCCCUGCUCGACACAAAAGCCUACCACAUAAUAGAACGCGGCGGGGUGCGCAUUGGAAUAAUCGGCUUGUUGGAAGAGGAGUGGAUAGCCACACUCUCAUGCGUGGAUACUACUGGUUUGAUCGUGCUCGAUAUGUGCAAAGUCGGACAAGAAUGGGCAAAACGAUUGAAGAAAUCCGGUCCGUAUGAGUGCGACAUAGUAGUUGCGCUAACGCACAUGCGAUGGCCGAACGACAGAAAGUUGGCCGAAAAGGUUCCAGAAAUAGACCUGAUUCUUGGAGGUCACGACCAUGACUACCAUGUGGAGUGGUUGGACAAACCCAGCCAGGAGUGUCACACGAGAGCAAUCAUCAAGAGUGGCAGCGACUUUCGCACUUUUUCGAAGAUUUCUCUAAAUAUUGACACUACGCAAAAAUGUAUUGCUGUGGUGACAUUAGAAGAAGUCACAGUGGAUAGUCGUUGGAAGCCAGACGGACAAGUAACGAACUACAUCACGUCGUUGACCAAGAAUAUGGAAAAAAAGCUGGAUGCUUCCUUGGGUCGAUUAGAAGUUCCUCUGGAUUGCCGUUUCUCUUCCGUUCGCACCAAGGAGACCAAUCUAGGAAAUUUUCUCUGCGAUAUCACUUUGACGGCAGUGGAUGCCGACAUGACCAUUAUUAACUCGGGUGUUUUUCGUGCGGACCGCAUUAUACCUGCCGGAGAUUUUCUUCUGAGAGACCUGGUCAGUAUACUUCCAAUACUUGAUACACUCGUGCUGUUGGAAGCGACAGGAAAACAAGUGCUGGAAGUCUUGGAGAAUGGUGUAUCUCAAUAUCCUAAACCAGAAGGUCGAUUCCCUUCUGUAUCUGGCAUCAGAUUCUGCUUCGACCCAACUCAACCUUCCGGCAGUCGAGUGCCUUUAUCGAAGGUUAUCGUUCAAGGCCAACCACUGCAGUUAGGCCGGAAGUACCGUUUAUGUGUUAAAGCAUAUAUGGCACAUGGUAAAGACGGGUACAGUGUCCUCAAAGAGUGUCCGGUUAUUGUGGAUGAGGAGAAUGGAACGUGUCUCAGUACGCUGGUGCAGAACUACUUCCGCGCUAUCCUGGUAUGUGAAGAACCAUUGGCAUGCCAUCUCUAUACUACGCUUGUCGGUAUUUUCAUUUUGAAUGUGGUUAUUUAA